GCUGGUCGUCCUCAAAUCACCAGAGUUCCAAGCGCAGGGCACCGCCAAUACGAUGCAGGCUCUCGGUUGCCUUCGUGUCGAUGGCGGGCUGGUGUUCGCUGCUCCGGGAUCCGCGGCAAAGGUGGAGGAGCUUUCACCGCAGAACCCGUCGAAUGCCGUCUGGAGAGCUGGGAAGGUGACCUCAGAUCACCCGAACUUCGUGGCAUCCCUCUUCGCGUCUGUGGAAGCACGAAGAGGGGAGUCCCACGCACAGCAUCCGGUCAGUGCAGCCUGGACGCCGGCCACAUUUCGCCACAGGAAGGAAGCCACGAUGAAGAUGACCGGGGAAAGGCUAGUUGCAGGUGUCUUGGAGCCACAGGAUCUAUCCAACGCCGUGCGAGAUCAUGCGAAG